AUGCCAUCCGAUCCAAACCUCCUCGCCUCUGCGGUCCCACGCAUCGGCGUUGCAGUCUUCAUCGUCCACCCCUCACCAACGCCUUCAGACCCGUCGGGCUGGAAAUUCCUGGUAGGCCAGCGCCUCGGGUCCCACGGCAGCGGCACAUGGGCCCUUCCGGGGGGACACUUGGAGAUGGGCGAGAGCUUUGAAGAUUGCGCCGCGCGCGAGGUUCUCGAAGAAACGGGCCUCGUCGUAGAACACGUUGCCUUUCUCACGGUGACGAACGAUGUCUUGCCUCAACGUGAGGGCGGAAAGCACUAUGCUACGAUUUUCAUGACUGCGAGAGUUGAAGCGGAUGCAAAUGGCCUUGCUCCUGCUCGACCUGAAGAGUCUGAAUGCGGGACAGGACGCGGCAACGUUGGCACGGGGACGAGCGGGAGUGAGAAAGACCUCGAAAUGCCAGAAGCACGAAUCAUGGAACCGGAAAAAUGCACUAGGUGGGAGUGGGUGCAAUGGGGACAAUUGGAGACAUGGGUUGCGGCGCAGAUUGAGCGGGAGAAGGGCAGCGUGUCUGCGGACGAGGGUGAUGAUGAUGCUCGUCCUUUGUUCUCGCCGAUGGUCAAUUUAUUGGUGCAGCGGCCGGGGAUUGUCCCUCGCCUGAGCUAG